AAAUAGAGCCUGUAAGUGAGAUGCUGCACUCAGUCACAGGGGCACAAGAUUCCUCAUGCCAGAUGCAGACAUAUGCCACUUCUUAUCUCCCAGUUGCCUUUCCCAUCAACGCUGAUGAUGAUGAUGAUAAGAUCGUGGGAGGCUACACCUGUGCAGCGAACUCUGUCCCCUAUCAGGUGUCCCUGAAUGUUGGGUAUCACUUCUGUGGAGGUUCCCUCAUCAACAGCCAGUGGGUCCUGUCAGCUGCCCACUGCUACAAGUCUCGUAUCCAAGUGCAGCUCGGGAAACAUAACCUGGCGCUCACAGAAUCGUCGCAGCAGUUGAUUAGUGCAGCUAAAAUCAUCCGCCACCCUAACUACAGCUCCUCAACACUGAACAAUGACAUUAUGCUCAUCAAGCUUGCCACACCAGCCAUCCAACCAGUUCCUCUGCCCAGCAGCUGUGUGGCCGCAGGCACCACGUGCCUCAUCUCUGGCUGGGGCAACACACUCAGCAAUGGCAGUGAGUAUUCUGUGGGAAUGCACAGCAUCAUGAGGGCCUGGGAGACACUCUAA